CAUUGGCGACCAAUAACCACAAAAUCACAGCUAGUUUGUCGAGAAAAUAAUUCAGUAAAAAUUCAUAUAUUGUGUAUAAAAAAGCGUGGACUUGUUGUGGUAAGACAUUCCUUUUUCAAAGUAGUUUUAAGGUAAUUAUAGACAAUAUAAUAUUGUGGUCAGACUUUUAAAACAAAAUACAAAUGAAAUAACUCCAAUAUUAAAUUGUCAAUACUAAUACUAUAUAAUAUAAUAAUAAUAAUAAUAUACUAUAAUAUAGUAUAAGUAUAAUAAUAUAAUUAUUAUUUUAAAUUAUAUUAUAUUUAUAAUUAAAGUCAUAAUCAUAAAGAUUAAAGUAAAGUUUAUAAAAACGUUUAUUAAGUAAAUUAAGUUGGCACCUGGGACAAGUACCAUCUUUGCUCCUUUCUUUUUGUCCUGCUGAAAGGGAAUGCCGCACCCUAGGGGAAUGCUGAACCCUAGGGUGAUGCGGUGCAUAUUUUGGGAACUACUGGGCUGGCCAAACAGCACAGCAUGAAAACAUGUCUGACACAUUUGUUACUGUGAUAUCAUAAUAAUCUUUUGUUGUGUUUUGUUGUUGUUUUUUUUUGGUUGGGAGGGUCGAAAGCUCAUUGUUGUAUAUACACGUGGGGAGUGUCCAAAAAAGGGGGAGAGGGAUAGAAAAUUUUACACUAUUUAGCCUACAUACUAUAUGGAUGGCUCCCUACUGAUUGAAACAAAUCAGUACAGAGUACAUCAGCAGCAACUAGGCUCUAUCCCAGGGGUGGGAAAACUAUGGCCUGUGGGCUUUUUAUUUUACUAUUAACUAGUUAUCAAAUGUUAUCUGUUGCAGUUGGUUCUCAUCUUAUUAUAAUUUUUGAAUUAUCUGUUAGUUAUCAACUCAUAAAUAAUUAUUGCCUAUUUUUAAUUUAUAACAAAUUAUUUUAACUCUACACUGUAUCCAGAAAAUAAUGAUUAAAAUAAAACUAGUAAAUAUUCAUCAAUUUUUAAAAACCAACUCAUUUUAGUCCUGAUAUACCAAAAAUAAUGAACAGUCUCUGAUAAAGCUUAAGUUUUUCACAUGUUAGAAUUAAAAUUAUUUAUGGAAUUUAAAAAAUUGAUAAAUAUUUACAUCAAUUUUCAUAAUUAUAAAAAGAGUUCCCCUUUUUUACGGACACAGUGUGGUAGAGCCCUAGAGAAAAUUAUCAAACACCCUGGCAAAAACAAAUUAAUUUCUAAGAGAACCUAUUCACAAAAAGGUUGCCUCGUCUGUUGGGUUGUGUCAUCUUAAUGUGUCAUCUCCAAAUAAAAUAGCAUAGUCCAUGGCUUUUGGUUAGGGACUUCACACAUUUUUCUGAGCCUUAUGAUGUGAGCAGUGGUGAAAGGUAGGCCCUGUAUGGUCAAUAUUUUUAUCUGGCAUUUUGAAGUAGCUACAGACUUGACAGUGUUCAGUUCUCAUCAUUUUGUUAUCACCAGGUUCUGGUGUCUGCAAUAAAGUUUUUACUAAGGGAUUGCCAUUUACUGUAUAACUUUCUAAUAUUUGUGCUGUCUGCCUACUUUUUAAACCACCCUUAUAAAACUACAAGUUUUUCACAGAUUUACCCAAGUAAUAAUGCAAAGGAUGUUGUGAAUCACCCUACCUGCUUUUGUGAAGUCAGUUUAGAAUAUGUUUGUUCAUAUACCUUAACAAAAAUCCUACCCUUUGACAGCUACCCAAGUAACUUCUGCCCUUUAUUCCGAAGAAAAAACUUCAUCUGGAACCAUAUCCUACAUAAUUGCUUACCUCCCUCUUCCCUUCCUAAAAAUAUACCAAUAUUGCUUACCUCACAUUUCCCCCCAUGUUUUACACUGACCCUUCUUCAGAGCAGUUGGUCCCUUAGGUUAUUAACCUUAUUCAUUCACCCCUAACUCUCCAACAUUUUCCACUUACUCAUGCAUGAGUAGGUUUUUUUUUCAGAUUUAUUUGCACUUAAUUUAUGCUACAUAUAAGAAUGAACCUGCUGAAGAUCAGCUGUAAAAUUAUUCUUUAAGUCCUCUGGUUAAGCAUUAAUAAGUUUUUCACAUUCCUGAAAAUAUCUGUCACUUUCAGAUGAUUAUGAGGUGAUGGUUUUAGUAUGGAAUAUCUCUAUCUGAUUACUUAAUAAAUACCUCUCCUCUUUUUCACAUCUCAUUUACUAGUGUAUCAGCAAUUGCAGGAAAGGUAUUUAUGGAAUUUGUCUCUCACAUUUAGAUAUAUUUCUGCUCCAUCACCAUGAUUGGGUAACUAUCUUUCUGUAACAUUUUGAGUUAACUUAAAAUCCACAUCUGCUGGUACCAUUCUUUCAGAAGCUGCAUCAUAUUUUCAAAAUGAUCUCACAAAUUACACGUUUCAUCACCUAAUGGUUCAUAGAGAUCUACACAUGCUUUUAAUUUUAUAUUAAUCACACCCCUAUCUGUAGACUUUGGCUUACUUUAGGAAAAUUUUGUUAAAUCUCAUUUCAAAAAAAGAUAAAUUCUAAUUUGUGCAUCUUAUUUCCUUCUCUUCUAUUAAUAUCUCCCCUGUCAUACAGAUCUUCAGAUGCUUCUAAAAUUUUAGAAUAAGAUUCAAUAUUGUAGCUGUAGCCAUAGCAUGUGCCACCCAUCUAGCAUCAGAAAGGGAUUUUAAAGAAUUUGCAUUGGCUGGUGGAUGCAGAUAAAGAAAUUAUACAGCAGCUGUACUAUUGAGAGAAAAUUGACUGCCUCUUGGCAACAGUCAGUGCUAAGUGCCUGUUUCUCCAAUUUCAAAGUUUGUGUUUGUAUCAGUGUUUUAAUAUUGUGGAACUUGAGUGAAGAAAUGGGUCUAGUUUUCAGUUUUGGACACUAUAUACACAGCUUUACCUUGUUUCAGUUUUAAUCAUUUCAGUUUUUCUGAAAAACUUAAUUAAACGCAUUUUAUCUUGCAUCUAGAUUUGACAUGCAGAGUGAUUUUCAAUGCCACACCGGGAAGUCAUCAAAAAUUAUAAAAUAUUAACAAAUUCCUGAGUUUGAUAGAAGUCUUACUUUAGCACACUAAUGCCAAAAUGUUUCUGACCCCUGGUCAAAUGUAUAAACACAUUAGAUUUUAAAUUGUUUUAAAAUCAAUUUGUGGGAAAUAUGAAUAGUUUUUUAGAGUUGCCAACCUCAACUACCCCCCCCCCCCCCCCCCCCCCCUUUUUAAUAAAUAAACAAUAAUUAUUAGCAUUAUAAUAUUAAUUUCCAUAACUGCCGAUGUGGAACAUAAGCAACAGUCAAUCAUCCCCCAUAUGACAGCUAGUAGGUUCAAUAUCUGUAUAGUUUUUUGAAUAUUUUUGGUGUGCCCCCUUUCCCAUGGUGCCCUAAGCUAAUACUUAUAUUGUUAAAUGGGUAAUCUGGGCCUGCUUGUGGAUCCCAGACAUAGCUGGAAAUAGACAAGCAGACACUGUAGCAAAUAUUAGCUUGCCCAGCUAAAACCGUAUGUGCCAGUGCGCACUUCUUUUUUGUGUAUUUGAUAAGUGGUGAAACAGAAUGUUAGGCAUCUUUUAGGAAAAUGCCACAUUUGAACAAAAGUGUUUGAAGCUUAGUCACUGACAUCACUAUCCACGUUAUGAUCAUUUCCUUAGAUCUAAACCACACAAAGACCCCACCAGCCACCAACAUCUCAAGAUGUUUCUAAAAUAUAUCUGAUCGAUUCAAGCAAAAUUGAUUAUUAAAUUAAUACUUUAAAUUUCUUUAGGAAAAAAUUGAUAGCUGUCUGACUUUUUCUCAUCGUUUUCUAGAAAAUGUCUGCAGUUUCUUCAAAGCCACAAACAGCUGCUCCUCCUUUGAGACGCCGAAGAACAAAACUUACUUUAGAAAAGAAAAUAGCAGAUGAUGAAUUUAUGGCAGCUGCUAUUGGUGAUGUUGAAUGGCUAAAACAAAGUUUAAAAGACUCGGGCUCAGAAAUUAACUUUGAUAAAAAUGUAAGUUAAGUGUUAAAAAUAAAAGUGUUCACUGCUAUUUAUUAUAAGUUGAGGAAAGCAUGGUAAAAGAGCCCCAACAUUUUAGGGGGCACCAAAAUCUAAAAUGAUUAAUACAAAGAAAAUAUUUUUGCAAUAGAAAUUUUGUAAAGUUCAAGAAAUUAAUGUUACUCUCAAAAGAAAUAUACAAUAAUAUAAUAAUAAAAUGGUAUAAAGAUUAUAAUUUUUACAAAGAAAGAUGCAACACUUCUUGUGCCAACCCAAUGUAAUAUUACUAAAUUACUACACACAACCAUUCUACACCUCAACUACAGCUGCAUCUGAUUCACUAUAUGUCAAUACAUUUUAGAAAUGAAAGGUUGGAGUGAAAACUAAUUUUAAAAAAAAGAUUAAGUAAAGCUUUGCAAGAAUUUGUAUCAUGAAACAUUAAGUCAAAAAAAUCUAAAUGUAAAUGAUAAGUAAAAGAUUCAUUUUACAUGAACAUAAUUAGCUUGACAAAUGGAUGCUUGCACUUUUUCCAGUGUUGAAAGUUUUGGGUUGAUGCACACUCUAAAUAUAGGUAUAUUCAGACCACUUAAUAGAUGCUUAAAUUGUUGGGUUCAAAAAUUGUUUGGCUUGAACUUAAUUUUUACUUUAAACAUACAUUAACAAAUUAUGAUUUUCCAGGGCUUAACAGCAAUACAUUUAGCAGCUAUUCAUGGACGACUUGAGUGUCUGAAGCUGUGCAUUGAAAAAUUCAAAGUUGACAUUAACCUUCCAAGUUCAACAGGAUGGAGACCAAUUCACCUUUGCAUAAGUAACCAAACUGGGAAAAGAUCUAUGCAAUGCUUAGUCUACCUUUUAGAAAAUGGCGCGGAUUCAUCAAUGUAAGCACAAAUGUUGAUACUUUUUUCCACAAAGCUUUGCUAUCUCACAUAAAGGCCCUAAUGAAAUUAAAUGGGUGAUCUAUUUACUUCAUACUCAGCAUUAAAUUAUUUUAAACAGUUUUCUGUUUUCAUUAUAUUUUAAAAUGUAUUUCAUGUUCUCACUACCUCCCUAUGUUAUGAUAAAUUAUUUUUUUUGCCUUGUUUUGUGUCCAUUUAAAAAAUUGUUUUACGCCAGUGUCAUUAAUGUCAAAACAGAGCAAACGAUGAUGGUAUAACUCCAGUCCAUCAAGCAGCUAGUGAAGGCCAUGUGCAAUGUUUGAAAAUUCUUAUUGAAGUUGGUGCAAAAAUUGAUUGCAAAGAUUGUAGAGGCAAUACACCCCUUGAUCUGGCCAAACUCUGGGGCCAUAGAAAAUGUGCUAGGUUAGUUGAGUUACUUUUUUAUUACUGAACUUAUUUUAUACUCAAUUUAAUAUGAAGACCAAAUGCAAAUAAUGUUUAUUUGACACAGCUUAAUUUUAACUAUUGUUGUUAAUUUGCUAUUGUUCUCUCAGAAUUCUUGCAGCUGAGAAGUGGCAUCAGGAUAAGGCAUUUGUAGCAAAGGAAAUGCAACAACUAAAGAAAGUGAAAAUGCUGCAAGUUUUGAAAGAGUUAGAGGAAGAGGAAGAAAUAAAAGCUGCUCAACAAUUUUAUGGUGAUGAGGCUUUUAAACAGUGGAUGGCAACCAAAAGUGAAACUAAAACAUCACCAGAAAAAUUUGUAAAUGCAAAAGGACAAGAUAACAGAGAAAGUAUUUUUAGGCCAAACAGCAUUUCAAGAAAAACAAUAGUAGAAAAUCAACAACACACUACCAAAGAAAAAGUAAUAGUAGAUGGAAUGAAGAUAACAGCUGAAAAUGGCUCAGAUUUUGAAAUAAAUGAAGAUUAUGAAUUUAUGGAUGAUAAACAAAAUGAAGAUAACUCUAAAAAGAACAAACUAAAAAAACGUAGGAAGACCCCAAACUUGUUGAACUUGGAAGAUUGGAACAUAUCAACAAAAGCUACAGACAAUCAAUAUGUACCAGGACUUGAAGAUGAUUAUCCAAGGGAUGAGUACACAAUGAUGCCAAAAGUGAAAGGUGCACCAAAGUACUUUGAAGGGAAGUUUGUUGCCCCAUUGACCUCUGCCAAUAUUGAUGAAGACAUUAAAAGGAAAGGUUCUGGUGCACAGCUAAGAAAGCCAAAGCUCCCUGCAGAAAUCAUCAAUCAAGUAUUGGGUAAAGAUUCCACUGUAGUUGAUAGAGGAAUGAUUUUUAAGUGUAAGCACAUUGAAGAUGUCCAUACAAAAAGGAAGUAUGAUGCUGAUAAGACUGGACGAUCUGAAGCUCCUCUUCAUUUGACAAAUGAUGUAACAUCAUUUCUAGUGCAGAAUAGUGUAAGACUCCAUACAUCACCCAAGACAUCAAGCUCUAGAUCAGAUUCCAAGUCCGGUGUUACCAAUACAGAAUGGAGAGAUAAAAAUUUUCCUCUACCUCUUGUUAUGCAGACUUUAAAAAAUAUGAAUCAACCAAGACACUUUCCAAACAUCAAAGGAAAUGAAACAUUAUUCAUGUAUGGCAAUGUGAAAUAGUUUGUCAUGUUUUGAUGUAUAAAUUAUUUAAAUUUGUAUCUUAAAUUUUUAUAAUAUGUAUAUCAUAAUAAUAUAUAUACUGGAAUGUAUUUUAUAUGUAAAUAUAUUUAAACAUAAACAUUGGUGCUCCCUGGAUGAAGUUUGUUACACUAAAAGUUUUUUUUUCAAAAAUGACAUUUUCCAGAGUAUGUAUGAACCAACACAAAUCAGGAAAAGUGGUAUAAUGAAGAAAAAAUUAUUUACACUUUUUUUUUACAAGCUGGCCAACCGUUCUACACAAUUUUAGACGAAAUGAAAUUAAGACACAAUAAAUACACCAAAUUAACCAAAAUCAAAUAGAAGAACAUAUGAAUUCAAUUUAUUCUUCAUUAUGAGGGACACAUUUUGUUAGUCGAGGCAGUUCUCCACCAGGCCAUACAUUUAUUAUGCAGGUCUUGUUUUUUCUGGCCUAAAUUAUUAUGCUAGGCACCACUGUAUAAAUAUAUUUAUUUAUGCUAACCCACAUGGGAAUUAACCACAUAAUUUUGUUAUUUCUAAUUUGAUUUAC